AGGGAAGACGAAGCCAGUCGACGCCAUUUCUGAGGCGAGGAACAAAGAUGGAGGAGUACCCGACCAAGCAGCAAGUGUCCGAGAACCUGGACGACCCGCCCAACAGCCGGCUGUUCCUGGUGACCAGCCGCUGCGCCACGGAGGAUGACCUGCGGGACCGCUUCUCCCGCUACGGGGACGUGCAGGGCGUGUGGGUGGUCAAAGACAAGCAGACCAAGGAGCCCAAAGGCAUCGGAUACGUCAAGUUCUCCAAGUCCUCGCAGGCCUGCACGGCCAUGGAGGAGAUGCACGGGAAGGUGCUGGUGGAGGGAACCAAGCCCAUCAAGGUGUUUAUCGCUCAGUCACGGUCUUCAAAUAGACACAGAGAUGUGGAGGACGAGGAGCUGACCAGGAUCUUCGUUAUGAUCCCUAAAACCUUCACGGAAGAGGAUCUGAAAAACACGUUCAAGGAGUAUGGAGACAUUGAGUAUUGCGUCAUCAUCAAGAACAAAGCAACAGGAGAAAGUAAAGGAUUGGGCUACGUGAGAUACUUCAAACCCUCCCAGGCCGCGGUGGCAAUCGAGAACUGUGACAAAUCUUACAGGGCCAUCCUGGCUGAACCUCGCAGCAAAUCCACCCCUGUAGAAGACUACAGUGGCGGAGGAGGAGGAGGAGGAAACAGAGGGGAUUACGUCAGCAGUGCAGAAUCCGCCAACCAGUACGCCUAUCCUAUGGCCGCUGACCCGGGAAACUACCAAGGCAUGGAUUACCGCUCCGGAGACUUCACACGUUCUCUGAUGAUGUCCACGCGGGCCGCGCUCACCCAGGAGCAGAUCUUUGCUUUGUUCGACAUUAUCCCCGCCAUGGAGUACUGUGAGCUGCAGAGAGACUCCUAUGGAAUGAGCAAAGGUCAUGCGUUGAUCCGCUACAGCAACCUCGGCUCGGCGGUUUACGCCAGAGAGAAGCUGAAUGGCUUCGAGUAUCCACCUGGUAACAGAAUUGUAGUGAACUUUUUUGACGACGGAGAGGAUCGCAGCAGUCCCGUGGGCCGCAUGGCCAUGCAGUUCGUUGCGACCCAGAUGAUGUCCUCGGUGUGGAACGGAGGAGCCUCCAGCAGCCAGAUGAUGAAACCUCCUAGUUACUCUAACGUCUCACCAGUGUCCCGGGUCCAGGCGGACGUCAGCCUGCCACCUCUGAAGAAGCUCGCUCCACCCGACAGUAAAUCCAGGGAGCGUCUGUUUGUCGUGUUCAGCCCGUCCCCGCUGCCCCCCGACGUGCUGGAGGACGUGUUCUGUCGCUUUGGUUCCCUCAUUGAGGUCCAUUUGGUUCCUGGAAGGAAAGUUGGCUACAUAAAGUACGCAGACAAACAGUGUGCAGAUGACGCCAUGGCGCUGCUGCACGGCCGGGUGGUCAACGGAGUAAAGAUGAAGGUGAUGCUGGCAGAUCCUCCCAGGGAGGAAUCUCACAAACGUGCUCGUACCUACUAGGAUCAAGCGACCGCCGACUGGCGACUGUUGUCACGACACAAUGACACCUGACCUGACCGACCGACAGACAUCACCAACUCCUCCCGACCUCUGACCGACCUUGACACCUGUCUGACUCACUGCCCGAGCGAGCGCUCGCUGCAGCCACAGCUAAAACCGAGUCCUGCUCAUUUAACGUCUGUGAAUGGCAGCAUGUACAGUGUGUUUGUGGUCAGUCAUGCCUUUGAUGUACAUUCACUUAUCAAUAUUGUUGAUUAAUUACUAGAAGUUUUUUUUAAAUGUUUAGUUAUGCUUAAUAAUAGGAUUGGUAAAACUGGACUCGGAGCAGUGUGGUAGUAAAGGUCUGGUUCUCCUUUUGUUCACACAGUCUGCCCUGUAAUGAGUUCAAAGUUGUAUGACAUUUCACUUUUUUUUUUUUUUCUUUCAAUAAAAAAUUGCAUUUAACUCUG